AUGUUGCAGGUCAAGAAAACCCUGCGGAUAUUCUUUCUCGCGGAGCCACCGCUGAAGCACUUCUGGGUAGCACUUUGUGGUGGAGUGGGCCGGUUUGGUUACAAAUGGAACCUGAUCAGUGGCCAAUCGAACAACACAGCACUCCCCAAACUCAUACCACUCUUCGAGAAACUAGAAGGCUAUCAACGCAUGCUACGGAUCACUUCCUACUGUAGGUGCUUUCUUCGAAACUGUCGCCGUGCAACCAGAAAAACAUUCAUCAAGAACGAAUCAUUCCUCCAAGCAGAAGAGAUCAAGGCAUCAGAAGGCAUUCUCAUCGCUCAAAUACAACAGCAAACUUUUCCGCUCGAGUGGGCACAACUAAGUGAGAAACGAUCACUUUCCACCAAAUCAAGACUCCGUUGGUUCAGCCCGUUCAUGUCCGACGAAGGCGUCAUUCGUAUUGGAGGUCGACUGAGCAAUGCACAACAGUCAUUUGACAGCAAGCAUCAAAUUCUGUUGCCAGCAAACCAUCCGUUUUCGUUUCUCCUGGUGAAACAAUUUCACGAACGAAACCUCCAUGCACAUCCACAACUUCUUCUCACCCUUCUACGCAACCGCUACUGGAUCAUAGGGGCCAGGAGCUUGGCGAGAAGGGUAGUCCACACCUGCGUCGCUUGCUUCAGAGUUCAACCAAAGAAACUGGAGCAGUUUAUGGGCGAUUUACCUCGAACUCGUGUAACAUCCCGGCCAUUCGCAGUAACAGGAGUUGACUACUGGGAACCAUUACUUCUUCGACCAGUUAACCGACGAUCAGCAGCAAGGAAGGCUUAUGUAGGAGUUUUUGUGUGCUUCUGCACUAAAGCUGUGCAUAUCGAAUUAGUGGUAGAUCUAACUACAGCAAAGUUUAUGCAAGCAUUUCGACGAUUCACUUCCCGCCGAGGAUUUUGUUCGGAAAUAUACAGCGACAACGGUCGUAACUUUGUUGGCGCCUCCAAUGAACUGCGAAAUUUCCUACGCAGCAGCAACUACAAACAAGCAUUUGCCAUCGAAUGCACCAGCAACAACAUCAAAUGGCACUUUAAUCCGCCGAAGGCCACCCAUUUUGGCGGUUUAUGGGAAUCUGCCAUUUCUUCAGCUCAGAAGCAUCUUUUUCGAGUCCUGGGGCAACACAAGCUAGACUACGACGACAUGAAGACGUUACUAAUCCAAAUCGAAGGUUGCCUCAACUCCAGACCCAUCAUUCCUAUCAGCGACGAUCCGUCUGACCUCAAGCCGCUCACACCGGGACACUUCCUACUUGGAUCGUCCUUGAAAGCAGUUCCGGACGUGGAUUUAUCAUCCAUUCCGUUCAACCGACUCCACCGUUGGCAACAGGUUCAAAAAAUCGUGCAGGACGUGUGGAAACGAUGGAGCUCUAAGUACUUAUCAUCGCUGCAACCGCGCACAAAAUGGCUAAAGCCUCCGGUUGUUAUUGAAAAGGGUAGGCUGGUGAUACUUCGUGACGAAAAUUCUCCACCCACGCACUGGCCUACAGCACGAAUCACGGAUCUACACCCUGGAGCGGAUGGGAUCAGACGGGUAGUGACAGUACAAACUUCAGACGGGCAGUACAAGAGACCCGUUUCUAAAAUUUGCCUGCUUCCUUUGCCAUCAACUGCGACUACGACAGCAGUAGAUUUUCAAAAAUGUUCGGAAACUGAUCUAACAAUAUCCAGCAGUACGACCGUCGAGACAAACCUGCAAUAA